CUCUCACAACUGCCUAACUUUGACUUCAUGAAUCCCACGAAUGUUACGGCGUCGCAUCCUGGUAGGGUUACGCGCUCAUCGCUGGCCUGCCUGCCAUGUCGCUCGCGCCAUUUGAAAUGUGAUGGCACCCGACCAUGCUGUAGCCGAUGCACCGAACUCUCCAGGCAGUGCCAGUAUGCUCGCUCCCGGCGGGGUGGUCUGGAUCGCGCAGCUCUUGCAGAACGACGGAAAAGACUUGCGGGGGGAGAGAGUGUCGCACUCAUGAAUAGCACGAGCUCCACAAGAUCAACAGAGAGCGAACAGCAUCAGGAGUUCACGCCACAAGUCGUGGACUUUGAUCUCCCCGAUAGUCAUAACCUUCUGGAUGGAAUAAGUGUGGAUGGCAAAUUAUCUGGCCUUGUAUGGCCAGGGACACCCCAACUUCAUUUCAGCGAGAUCCAGAAUGACCCGCUCAUCGAUUCAUAUUAUAAGAACUUCCACAAACUCCACCCGUUCCUUCCACCUCAGAAACACCUAAGGCGACUUUAUCAAGCUCCGAGCAGGGAAGUUAAGUUAAGACCGCUUAUAGCUGUAAUGCGCUUGAUUGGAUAUCUUUAUAGUGUGCGAGACUGGUCAAUACCGCUAAAAGAUCACGUUGAGGAGUGCUUCUCGCAAGCCUCGCCCAUGGAUCCCGUCAUGGUCCAGUGCAGACUACUAUUCUCCAUAGCCCUGUUCUGGUAUGAGUAUAAGGCCGAAUCGAGAUCACAAAUGGAUAAUGCAACCCUUCUAGCAGUUGAAUUGAGAAUGCACUUGCGAGAAUUUUCGGCAAAGCAUGGAGACGACGAUCCUGUACUACAAGAAUGCUGGAGGCGGACUUGGUGGAUGUUAUAUUUCGUAGAUGCAGCUUAUGCGGGGACGUUGGGAACUAUGAACUUUCAUGUUUUGAAUAUUGAGGCCACCGUUGACUUACCUUGUGAAGAGGUAGACUAUGAGUCGGGAGAGAUUCCCGAGCCGAAAACGCUUGAACAAUUCAAUCACCGUGAAUUCGCAUUUGAUGAUACAACGUUUUCAUCCUACGCUUAUCUUAUUGAAGCUGUACGAUGUGCGGCAUUAGCGAUAUCCACAGUCCCGAAGACUGCGGUGAAGGAGGAUUCAACGAAAGUCAUACAAGCUGCGGACGCUAUUUUGGAUGGAUGGCUAUAUCUGUUACCCAAGGAUCGAAAGGAAGUCAUGAGCAAAACAGGAGAAAUCGACGAGCUCAUGUUUCAGGCACAUUUACUCAUUCAUGUAGCUACAAUUGGCUUGCACCGACCGUUUUCCGACCUCAAGUUCAAUCUUGUAGAAGAAGUCUCAAGUUGUGCCCGAGAACCACCUCCUGAUACACCAACACCGGACCUUGUAAAUGUGCAUAGCGUUCGUGUCCUAAGGUCAGUAAAUGCACAGAUCCGUCUUUUGGCGUUGCCAACUCAGAAGUUUCAUCACACACCCUUUACAACAUGUAUGGUGAGCGAGGGAACGCUAGCUUUGCUCUCCGCCUGCAACUUUAUACUAAAUGGAAAAGAAUUGGCGAUAGCAAGAGAACAAAUCCGAAUGACAAUCGGAUGUCUCAAGGCGUUGGGGGAGAUUUGGCCUCGGACAGCGAGAAAUGUUCGGGAGAUUCAGACAAUUGCUCGUCAUGUACUAGGUCUGGGGUCUAAAGUGGAGAGCGAUAGUAGUAGGACUGGGUCUAGUGAAGCACCCGGCCUAUCCGGCGGCGAAGGACAGGGAAAUCUCGGAUCUGACACGGACGCCUCUACCAAUGCAAUGAGCAUCCUGCCUUCCCUAAGUUCCAUUGACGAUCUCUGUGGAUGGUACAACCUUGGGGACUUUUCUUCUGAUUUAUCGUGGGAGAAUGUACCCUAGAUAUAGAUUAGAAAUGUACGAGGGAGUAUAAUUGUGGUGCUCAAUUAUAUGAGACAGCAAGCCCUGGCGAUAAUAUCGGGUUGGAUUUGAUUCCAUGUCAUCGCUUAGGUUUGAAUAUUACUUCUAUUCCAUAGAAUUACAUACACCAAGACUGCAACACGAUAGAGUUGAAUUCGGAUACUGGCAG